AUGUCACAACAGGUGGUAGAUGGCGUUCACAAGAAUGAACCUUCGGAGAAUCUGCAACGAGGCACGCCGGCCAACCAUAAUCCCAGAAAAUUCCAGGUCUGGACCUCAAUGAUGCAAAGAAGUAUACAGACAGCACAAAACAUCUCAGCGCCAGAGUACCAGACGAAACAUCUCCGCAUGCUAGACGAGUUAAACGCCGGCGUUCUCGAAGGCUUGACGUGCGACGAGGUCAAAGACUUUUACGCAGAUUGGUAUUCUCAUCGUCAAAUGGACAAAUUUCAUUCCCGGUAUCCUGGCACUGCCGGUGAGGGGUAUUUUGAUGUGACGAACAGACUCAAGGCGGUUAUCCUGCGCGUAGAAUCCGAGACGGAUCAUGUUCUGUUGAUCUCUGGGCUCGCUGUCACACGCAUUCUCUUGGCCUAUUUUAAAAGGCUCCAUAGUGAGGACAUCGUGGAUUUGCAUGUCCCACUCGGCACUUUGCAUGUAUUGGAACCGAAACCAUAUGGUGUGGAGGAUCGGAUUUAUGUGUACAAUUCUGCGACAGAGUGGUUUGAUUUGAAAGAGUAG